AUGGCAGCAUGGGUACUUGCGCGUUGUGUUGCCGGCGGCAAAGGAGGAAUGGUCACGAAGGGGUUGGAGAACACAAUAGACUCCAUUACCAACAGCGACAGCAAGAUCUUCCCUGAUCCCGCACUCCCCCCAAGCAGCACCUUCUACAGUCUCCACGUAUGGAAUCACACACCUAGCGACAUAGACUGGAACCCUGGGAACAGCGAUCCCGACGUUGGAGACGCUCUAGCCCAAAGUCUUCACAGAGCUGGACGAGCAGCACCAGCCGGCAGUCCUGCGGAGGCGGAGCUCGAGCGCCGUGAAGACUAUCUUUGGGCGGCUGUGGGCCGGACGGAGUAUGGGGAGCCGGUCACUAACUGGUGGGACGGCCCUUCCAAACCUGGCCUUUCCUCAAGUGCACGUUGA